AUGAAACCACAAAAGUGUACGCCAAUAACGUAGCUGAAAACCAACUUCAUUUCCCAGAAACCUUCAGCGUACGGGGAACUGACGUACAAAGUGUAGCAACGACCUUUCUUGAACUGUCCAAUGAGCUUAGCAUAAAAUCGCGGAAUUGAAUUAUGAUUGGUCAUUGAAUACGCCAGUUCGACUCAGUGCAAAUCCCCGGUCACUGCGCGUGCGAUGAGUAUAAUAACAGUCAUAUGAAUGUAUGAUGCGAUUCAGAUCUUUCAGCUAUGUUUGGCUCUUCCGGUUAAGUAGCCUUACCGGUGAACUGCGUUUGUCAGCGAGUCCCUCUUGCCGUUACAGACCCAUAUUUCACACCGGUCUUCCUUUGCUCUUCGCACGGCAUCUCACGAUGCAGUCGAGUGGAAAUGUGACCAGCAGUAGUUGCGGAGUGGAGGGCAGGAACAGAGCAGAGAAGCCAGGGCCGGAACUUUUCAACAACAUCCCGACUGUCACAACAGAAGGUGUGGAUCCUCCGGCGGAGAAGAAACGAGUAGGCAGAACGCUUGUCGUUAACGAGAGAAACUUGAGGACCCCGAGUCCCCUGUUUGGGGCCAACUGUGAUGACGACUCGGAGGCAGAGUCUUUUCGGGAUGGGAGAACCGAGGAGGUCGACCGGGACACCAGGGGAAGGGCGUUUGCUUGGUGCCGAGACUUUCUGUCAGGGUCGUGGAAGACCAUCAAAGAGGGUGAUUUUCAAAUCAGCAUCGUCAGUGGUGGACUGAGUAAUCUGCUGUACCUGUGUAGUUUGCCUGACCGUGUGCCCUCUGUGGGAGAGGAACCUCGCCAGGUGCUCCUUAGAGUCUACGGUGCCAUCUUACAGGGAGUGGACUCCCUGGUGUUGGAGAGCGUGAUGUUUGCCAUCCUGGCAGAACGAGCUCUAGGACCAAAACUUUACGGCAUCUUCCCUGCUGGACGCUUAGAACAGUACCUGCCGAAUACCCGCAUGCGCACAGAUCAACUUUCAGAUUCGGCCAUAUCAGCUGAGAUUGCUGUUAAGUUAGCACGUUUUCAUGAAAUGAGCAUGCCCUUUAACAAAGAGCCUAAGUGGCUGUUUGGGACCAUUGACAAAUACAUGGAUCAAGUGAUGAAUCUUAAUUUUGUACGUGAAGCACAUGUGAAGAAGUACAAGAAGCUGAUGAAGUUGGACCUGCCUGCUGAGCUGGAUAGCCUCCGUGCGUUGCUGGCAGCAACUCCAUCACCAGUGGUGUUCUGCCACAAUGACGUCCAGGAAGGUAACAUAUUGAUGCUGGAAGACAAGGACCACAACCUAACAGAUAGACUCAUGCUGAUCGACUUUGAGUACAGCAGUUACAAUUACAGGGGUUUUGACUUUGGGAACCAUUUCUGUGAGUGGGUGUAUGACUACACCUAUAACCAGUGGCCCUUCUACAAAGCCACACCCGAGAACUAUCCCACCAGAGAGCAGCAGCUUCAUUUUAUCAGACGUUAUUUGGCAGAACAGAGAAGACACUCUGACAUGACCUUGGACCAGACACAGAUGGAAGAGGACCUGAUAAUUGAAGCUAACAGGUAUGCAUUAGCAUCACAUUUCCUCUGGGGGCUGUGGUCCAUCAUUCAAGCAAAGAUAUCCAAGAUUGAGUUUGGAUACAUGGACUAUGCCCAGAGUCGGUUUGAUGCCUACUUCAAGCAAAAAAAGCUCUUCUCCUGAUUUCGACCAUUUUAAUCAGAAUGUAAUGUCUCUUUUUUUCAACUAUGUGUUCUUGAAACUUCAGUCCUAUGCUGCAGCUAUACUGCUUACGACAAGUAGUGCGGGGUGAAAGAUAGACGUUUACAUUUGAACGCAACGCAGGCAAUCCUUUUUAUUAAAGGACUUUCCCUAUAGUGUGAAAUUCUGUUAGAGCAGGUGUAGCUCUAUAGCAUUGAAUGUAGGUAAUGUUUUUAUUGUUAAUCAUUUGAAGAGCAAGGUCAAUCUGAUGGUCAGUUAUUAUAAUGGACAAUGCUGGCUGCCAGGGAAUUCAUUUCAGACUUUAAAUCUUACUGUAAUUUUGGUGUACUAUACCAGUAGUUUUGAGUUCACAAGGAAGUUUUCUUUUCUUUUUUUAUAUCUCAUUGUUUGAGUGUUUGUAGUCAUUCUACCUCACUUAUUUCUUCUGAUGUUCAUUCUGCUUUAGCAUUAUUCUUUCAAGGUCCAAUAAAGUUACACAUUCAGCAAAUUAUUCCUCAAGGGCUAUUUUAUAAAGUAUCUCUGUAGUCAACAAUAAUCUUAAUUUAACUGUUAGAAUGUGUGAGGCACUUAAAUCAGUAAUAUUGUAUCUACUAACUGUACAUAUCAGCUGCACUGUCUGCCCAUAUUUAAUUUGGCUUGUAUUACCUUUCGUCAUCCAUGUAUCAUUCUAUACCAAUAAUAUUAUUCAGAGCCUUUUCUGUUUUUGUCUCUGCCAAGAAUCAUAACUUGGAAUAUCUAAACAUUUGUCAUUUUUACCUAUUGUAUUAGGUAACUAAAAUGUCCAUUUGUUCACAUGUAUGCAACCACAUCAACCUGGAAGCUUUUUUUUUUCUCCCAUUUUUAAUGAUUUCGUGGAUCUUAUUAAUUUGACUGUCUCCUGUAUUUGAUAGAAUGUACCGCCGUCAUAAUGUCCUUGUGUUAACAUCUGUUUACUCAUGAAAAGAAACUAGAAGCUUA